AGUAAAUCAAGGCAUUCAUCCAUAUCCUAAGCCUGCUAGAGGAACGGUCCAACGACACCAGCAUCAGCCUAAUAAAAACACCAUCUUGCGCGGUGCUGGAGAAUUAAACGGAGCUAUAAUGGGUGUAAAUAACAAAAAAGGAACUAUUAAGAACUUAACCGUCAGUCUUUUUUGAUUUUUGCUGCUGGUUGUAGACGUCAUUGGAGAAUUGGCACCGUGCAGGAUUUCUAUGGUGUUCUAGUCGUCUCUUCGUGUGGAUAUAAAGCGGAGAACAUUUUGUGGGAUUGAAUCACACCAACUUCAACCAUGUCUGGCUCAGUGAAAGUGGCUGUCAGAGUGCGACCCUUCAACUCAAGGGAGACCAACAAGGAAUCAAAAUGCAUUAUACAAAUGCAAGGGAACUCCACCAUUAUUUUGAACCCCAAGAACCCAAAGGAAGGACCCAAAUCCUUCAGCUUCGACUACUCGUACUGGUCUCACACCUCGCCGGACGACCCCAGCUUUGCGUCACAGAGCCUUGUGUACAAUGACAUCGGAAAAGAGAUGUUGCAGCAUGCUUUUGAGGGAUAUAACGUCUGCAUUUUCGCCUACGGCCAGACCGGAGCUGGCAAGUCCUACACCAUGAUGGGAAAGCAAGAGGAAGGACAGGAAGGCAUUAUUCCUCUGCUCUGUGAAGAUCUCUUUGAGAAAAUCAAUGACAAUAACAAUGAGGAGAUCUCGUACUCGGUGGAGGUGGCUUAUAUGGAGAUAUACUGUGAGCGAGUGAGGGACCUGCUAAACCCUAAGAAUAAAGGGAACCUACGUGUCAGGGAACAUCCUCUACUUGGGCCUUAUGUGGAAGACCUCUCGAAACUGGCCGUCACCUCUUACACAGACAUAGCUGACCUCAUGGAUGCUGGAAACAAGGCUAGAACUGUUGCCGCCACAAACAUGAACGAGACAAGCAGCCGGUCUCACGCCGUCUUCACUAUCGUUUUCACCCAGAGGAAGUACGACAGCGAGACAGACCUGUCCACAGAGAAGGUCAGCAAAAUCAGCCUGGUGGAUCUGGCAGGAAGUGAGCGUGCUGACUCAACAGGGGCCAAAGGAACCAGACUGAAGGAGGGAGCAAACAUCAACAAAUCUCUAACUACACUAGGAAAGGUUAUUUCGGCCCUGGCUGAGGUGGAUAAUUGUACCAGCAAGAGCAAGAAAAAAAAGAAGACAGACUUCAUUCCUUACCGAGACUCAGUGUUGACAUGGCUGCUAAGAGAGAAUUUAGGAGGGAACUCAAGGACUGCUAUGGUGGCCGCCCUGAGCCCUGCUGACAUUAACUAUGAUGAAACUCUCAGCACACUCCGAUAUGCGGACAGAGCCAAGCAAAUCAAGUGCAACGCCGUCAUCAACGAGGACCCCAACGCAAAACUGGUGCGGGAGCUUAAGGACGAGGUGACACGGCUGAAGGACCUGCUCCGUGCUCAGGGUCUCGGGGACAUCCUGGACAUCGAGCCAAUGGGGGAUGAUUGCCUUGGAAGUGGAAUCAAAUACCUGAAAGAUAUACACAACAAUAAGCAUAGAUACUUGCUUGCCUCAGAGAACCAACGGCCUGGCCAUUUCUCCACAGCACCUAUGGGCUGCCUGACAGCCUCUCCGUCCUCAGGCUCUCUGUGCAGCCAGGCAGGGUUGCAGUCCGUUUCAAGCAUCCAGGAGCGCAUCAUGUCCACGCCAGGCGGAGAAGAGGCCAUCGAGAGGCUGAAGGAGUCUGAGAAGAUCAUAGCCGAGCUGAAUGAGACCUGGGAGGAGAAGCUGAGGAAGACUGAGGCCAUCCGUAUGGAGAGAGAGGCGCUGCUGGCAGAGAUGGGAGUGGCCAUACGGGAGGAUGGGGGAACCCUGGGUGUCUUCUCUCCUAAAAAGACCCCUCACCUGGUGAACCUGAAUGAGGAUCCUUUGAUGUCAGAAUGUCUGCUCUAUUAUAUCAAAGAUGGAAUAACAAGGGUGGGCCAGGCAGACGCAGAAAGACGUCAGGAUAUCGUUCUGAGCGGAGCGCACAUCAAGGAGGAGCACUGUAUCUUCCGCAGUGAGAGGAAUGCCAACGGAAAUGUGAUUGUCACUUUGGAGCCAUGUGAGGGAUCUGAAACAUAUGUGAACGGAAAACGUGUGAAUUCUGCUGUCCAGCUGCGCUCAGGUAACCGCAUUAUCAUGGGAAAGAACCACGUUUUCCGGUUUAACCACCCUGAGCAGGCCCGCGCUGAGCGUGAGAAGACCCCGACAGCGGAGACCCCUGUAGAGCCAGUGGACUGGACCUUUGCCCAAAGAGAACUGCUGGAGAAACAGGGUAUCGACAUGAAGCAAGAGAUGGAGAAGAGGCUUACAGAAAUGGAGAUCCUGUACAAAAAAGAGAAGGAGGAAGCGGACCAGCUACUUGAGCAACAGAGACUGGUAUAUGAGAGUAAAUUGCAAGAGCUGCAGAAACAGGUGGAGACCCGCUCAUUGGCUGCGGAGACACCUGAUGAGGAGGAAGAAGAGGAGGAAGAGGAUGAAGUGCCCUGGACCCAGCAUGAGUACGAGCUGGCCCAGUGGGCUUUCAGGAAGUGGAGAUACCACCAGUUCACCUCCCUCAGAGACCAGCUGUGGGGCAAUGCUGUAUACCUCAAAGAAGCCAAUGCCAUCAGUGUGGAGCUCAAGAAAAAGGUCCAGUUCCAGUUUGUCUUGCUCACGGACACCCUCUACUCUCCGCUUCCCCCGGAGCUGCUGCCUCCAGAACCGGAGAAAGAGCACGACACUAGGCCUUUCCCUCGGACUGUGGUGGCUGUGGAGGUUCAGGACUUGAAGAAUGGAGCCACUCACUACUGGUCCCUGGAGAAGCUCAAGCAGAGGCUGGACCAGAUGCGAGAGAUGUAUGACCGUGCGGGCGAGAUGGCCUCAUCCAAUCAGGGAGAGGAUGGGGAGGGUGCUUUGACCGGCAGUGACCCGUUCUAUGACCGCUUCCAUUGGUUCAAGCUGGUUGGGAGCUCACCUAUUUUCCACGGCUGUGUGAACGAGCAUCUGGCCGACCGCACGCCCUCUCCCACCUUCUCCACUAGUGAUUCUGAGAUUACCGAGCUGGCUGAUGAGCGGCAGAGCGAGAUGGAGGACUUCAUGGAUGAUGAGGCUUUCGUGGAUGACACCAGCUCAGAUGCUGGGACCGAGGAGGGCUCUGACAUCUUCAGUGAUGGGCAGGACCCCUUCUAUGACCGUUCCCCAUGGUUCAUCCUGGUGGGCAGAGCCUUUGUGUACCUGAGUAACCUGCUGUACCCUGUUCCUCUGGUGCAUCGUGUUGCUAUAGUAACAGAGAAGGGAGAUGUGCGAGGAUUCCUGCGAGUGGGGGUCCAAGCCAUCGCUGCAGACGAAGAGGCUCCUGAUUAUGGAUCCGGUGUGCGUCAGUCGGGGACUGCUAAAAUUUCCUUUGACAACGAGUAUUUUAAAAAGAGUGAUUUCUCCCCUGUGGUGAUGACCCGCUCUGGCCUCUCUUUGGAAGAGCUGCGUAUUGUGGAAGGUCAAGGUCAAAGUUCAGAGUUUAUCACCCCUUCAGAGGAGAUGAACAGAAUAAAUGACAUGGACCUGAAGCUUGGGAACGUGGACACAAAACUGGGUGAUGGUUUGGCAGAGCAUCUGGAAGUGGGUAGUAUUUUCACUUUCCGCGUCACCGUUCUGCAGGCGAGCAGCAUCCCGCCCGAGUAUGCAGACAUCUUCUGCCAGUUCAACUUCCUCCAUCGUCACGAUGAGGCUUUCAGCACAGAGCCACUGAAGAACACAGGCAAAGGUGCCCCGCUGGGCUUUUACCACGUACAGAAUAUCUCAGUGGAGGUGACAGAGUCCUUUAUUGAGUACAUAAAGACCAAGCCAGUUGUGUUUGAAGUGUUUGGCCAUUACCAACAGCACCCACUGCACAUUCAUGGACAGGAACUUGUCAGCCCUUCUCAGCCUUCCAGAAAGUACUACCCUCCACCUAUGCCUCUAUCUAAACCAGUGCCAGCCACCAAACUGAACACCAUUACUAAGUCCAACCUGGGUCAGUGUGUGAGCAAGUAUGACCUGGUGGCUUGGUUCGAGAUCAGUGAACUGGAGCCCACUGGAGAGUAUAUCCCAGCAGUAGUUGAUCACACAGGAGGUCUUCCCUGUCAUGGCACGUACCUUUUGCACCAGGGCAUCCAACGUAGAAUAACUGUCACUCUGAUCCAUGAGAAGGGCAGUGAGCUGCAUUGGAAGGACGUCAGAGAGCUGGUUGUUGGUCGAAUCAGGAAUAAGCCAGAAGUGGAUGAUUCAGCUGCAGACGCAGUCCUGUCUCUCAACAUUAUCUCAGCUAAAAACUUGAAAUCUUCCCACAACUCCAGCAGCCUUUGUAUUGAUAGCGAUAUUGCUAGGACGUUCUACCGGUUCGAGGCUGUCUGGGACAGUUCCCUGCACAACUCUCUCCUGUUGAACCGUGUCACUCCCUACGGAGAGAAGAUUUACAUGACCCUGUCAGCCUAUCUGGAGCUUGAUCACUGCAUCCAGCCUGCCAUCAUUACCAAGGACAUCUGCAUGGUCUUCUACUCCAGAGAUGCUAAGAUCUCUCCUCCACGCUCCCUGAGGAACCUGUUCGGCAGUGGUUACUCCAAAACCCCCGACUGUAAUAAAGUGACAGGAAUCUAUGAGCUUAGCUUGUGCAAAAUAGCUGACACAGGAAGCCCAGGUAUGCAGCGGCGGAGGCGGAAGGUUCUGGACACAUCUGUGGCGUAUGUGCGUGGAGAGGAAAACCUGGCAGGCUGGAGACCCAGAGGAGACAGUCUGAUCCUGGAGCACCAGUGGGAGCUGGAGAAACUCGAGCAGUUGCAUGAGGUGGAGAAGACCCGUCACCUGCUGCUGCUCCGUGAGAAACUGGGUGAGGCGCCUCCUCCUAAAUCCCUGAGCGAGUCUCUGUCUCCCAGUCUGAGCAGCGGCACCCUCAGCACCUCCACCAGCAUCUCCUCCCAGAUCUCCUCCACCACCUAUGAGAGCGCCAUCACGCCCAGUGAGAGCAGCGGAUACGACUCUACAGACAUCGAGAGCUUGGUAGACCGUGAGAAGGAGCUGGCCACUAAGUGCCUCCGUCUCCUGACACACACUUUCAAUAGUGAAUACCAGAUGUGCAACAGCAUCAGUGACUGCAAGUUGUCAGAUAUCUCUCCUAUGGGCCGGGAUCCAUCCGUUACUAGUUUCAGCAGUGCUACUCUCACACCCUCCUCCACCUGCCCCUCUCUGUCAGACUCUCGGACCCCUGAAGCUAAUUCUCGUGCCACCAGCCCCUCAUGCUCAGACUAUGAGAACUUCCCCAUGGUGCCCAUUCUGGAAACAUCCUACCUGGCCCGUGCCGGCAAACACGAAUUCCUCAACCUUCUGCCUGAUAUUGAGGAAAUGAGACCUGGGUCUGUGGUAUCAAAGAAGGGAUUCCUCAGUUUUAUGGAGCCCCGUUCCAACUCUUGGGUGAAGCACUUUGUGGUGGUACGUCGGCCAUACGUGUUCAUCUACAACAACGACAAGGACCCGGUAGAGAGAGGAGUGCUGAAUUUAUCCACUGCCCAGGUGGAGUACAGCGAAGACCAGCAGGCCAUGCUCAAGACACCCAAUACAUUCGCCGUGUGCACCAAGCACAGAGGGAUCCUCCUCCAGGCCAACAAUGACAAAGACAUGAAUGACUGGCUAUACGCCUUUAACCCACUCCUAGCAGGAACGAUAAGGUCAAAGCUGGCGAGGAGACGGUCCGGCCUGAUGAAGAACUGAACGAGCGUGCAUAAAUGCAGAGAUAGUCCUCUUUUCUCUCUGUGUCUACCUUUACAACGUACCAAGUGUGUUAACACUUUAAAUCUUUGUGGUUCUUGACGGUUUCCUCUUGUAUGUAGACCUGUGGCUCUGUUCUCCUCUCCAGCAAAUGAACUUUGAGUUCCUGAACACCAACUCCCUCUCCCCCCCCUCUCUAUUGUGUUAUUGAUUGGAUUAAUUCUGUCUUCAGUUUUUGUUAUUUGUCAUAACUGAACCUCCUUCAAGUAGCAUGUUGUAAUAGUCUAUUUGUGUGUGCACGAAUCUUCAGGGCAGGUUCUGCUUUCACUUGAGUUACUCUCGUCUGUGAAGAUCAUUCUUACAGUGUUGUCUGCCAGGAAAAUCGUACCCAUGUGGCAACAACCACAACCCUCAGGAGAAAGUUGGCUUGCUUAAAAAAAGAAUAAUAAUAAAAUAUUAUAUUAUAAUGUAUUAUAAUAUAAGAUAUUCCAUAUUUAAUGAUCAACUUUCUCCGAUAGAAGAUAUAGAAAACAAAAACAAAUAGCUUUGCUCCAGAUAUUGCUGAAAAAAGAAAAAGAUUUUUAGAUGGACCAACGCACUUCUUGAAAAUGCUUAAUUUUCAAAACGAGACAAAAAUGGCCCCCUAAACUGAAUGUUACUGCAGUAUUGGCUUAUUGGAUUUUUCUGAAUCAAAGCAAGCCG